GAGAUAGUAGAACAAGCUAGGGUCACAUGUACACAAAUAUUGACUUGGUUGUGAAUUGGAAAUAAACUACAGUCGAGUUCAAUCAGAGAGCGAAAAACUAUCACUAACUUAUUAGAAAACAUGUCAUCGAUCAUAAAGCAAUUUUGUUUUACAGGAAAAUCAAUCAGUUAGUAACGCAGCAAUGCAACGUACAAUCAUCAUGACGAAUAUCGUAGAUAUUGAAAAUGUAAUCGCACGCGACGGGAUCACGAGCGAUUUGCAGACGAUCAAAUUACAGAUCAUGGUCUGACUGCAGCCUCUGUGUGCAAGUAAACGAGUUUAUAUGAUCUGAGAGUAAAUGGCUAUCUUUUUCAAAGUUUGGCUAUCAAUUCGUAGAAAAGAAGACGAGAAACCUAUCUACCAAAAGCAGGAUGGACAAAGAUUUAUACAACCUCAUACAACUAAAUUAAAUGUCAAUACGAGCUAUGCAGUUAAAGUUGUGAUUCGGCCACCCGUAAAACUGAUGGAACUCGUCAUACAAGGAGAGAGUAUUGCACUCGAAGAGUUGAUAACAGAAGAUGAAGACUGUAUAACAUACUCAUCUCAUUUUAACACGUCCGGAUACGAUCUGAGCAGACGACAAAAGAGAAAGGAUGUACCCCUAUUAUUUCUGUUUGAAGGAGGACAUACUCUAAUUGCGACUUUACAGUGCAAGUUGUACAGUGAGAACGAGGUAGAACAUUGUCACUGGGGACAAACCUUGACCUGGCUAGAGUACGAAUGUAAAGUUGAAGACGGAUCCAGUCACGUUGAUGUUUUGAGAGAGAAAUAUUUAUAGUUACCUUUAAAAGCUAUUUUACAGACACAUAAUGCUAUGCUGUAAACAUUCUCUCAAAGAAUCACGACUUUAGAAUUAUAAGCAAUGGAGCCCGGAAAAUGUGAUACCCAUCCAGAAACUUUAUAAUAUGCAUUCCAUAUAUACGUGUUGUGCUACUGGACUUGCAUUUGCGUGAAAUUGAAAGCUUGUUAAUAUUACAUUGAACACAGGGUAUACCUACAAGUAUACAUAAUGCACCUUUACAGAAGUGCGUUCUGAACACAUUUACAACAAUACGACGCAUCGUCACCAGAGGCAUAUGAAAACUUCAAAUACUUUUUGAAGUUCAAGAUUUGAAUAGUCCUGCAUUAGGUUAACGAAAUUAUUCUAAUAUCUGUUCAAUAUAUUCCAGUCGCUGGAUGUGUGUAGGUUUUUUUUUACCUUACCUGGCCAAUAGGGUUAUUUUGUGGUAUUCAUU